CUAUUAGAGAAGUCGGAUCUUCAUGCUGUGCUGGCUGAUAAGCUUCAAGCAGAAAAAUAUGACAUGCAGAGCAGACAUGAGAUCAGUCCAGGACAUGAUGGCACAUGGAAUGAUGCUCAGUUGCAGGAACUGGCACAGCUGAAGAUAAAGCAUCAAGAGGAGCUGACAGAGCUGCAUAAGAAACGUGGCGAGUUGGCCCAGUCUGUAAUUGAUCUGAAUAACCAAAUGCAGCAGAAGGACAAAGAGAUGCAGAUGAAUGAAGCAAAGAUUGCAGAGUAUUUGCAAAAGAUCUCUGAACUGGAAACAGAGUGCCAGGAAUUGCGUAGCAAACUGCAGGAUCUCGAGCGAGCUAAUCAGACACUGAAAGAUGAAUAUGAUGCUCUCCAGAUCACCUUCAAUGCCUUGGAGGAGAAGCUGAGGAAAACUACUGAAGACAACCAGGAGCUGGUCUCACGCUGGAUGGCAGAGAAAGCACAAGAAGCCAAUCGUUUGAAUGCAGAAAAUGAAAAGGAUUCAAGGAGACGACAAGCGAGGCUGCAGAAGGAGCUAGCAGAAGCUGCCAAAGAACCCCUGCCUGUUGAACCGGAUGAUGAUAUUGAAGUGCUUGCAGAUGAAACCUCUGACACAGCUGAGGAAACAUCUCCGGUGCGAGCUGUCAGCCGAACAUCCAGUAAGCGACUCUCCCAGCCAGCUGGAGGCCUUCUGGACUCUAUCACUAAUAUCUUUGGGAGGCGUUCUUUGUCCUCGUUCCCUGCUCCCCAGGAUAAUGUAGAGCCACAUCCAGGUGCCAGUAAAGAAGUGAGAGUGCCCACUACUGCCAUAUGUGUCUUUGAUGCACAUGAUGGGGAGGUGAAUGCAGUGCAGUUCAGCCCUGGUUCCCGGUUACUAGCGACAGGAGGCAUGGACCGGAGGGUUAAGCUUUGGGAAGUCUUGGGAGAUAGGUGUGAGCCCAAAGGUUCCCUCUCUGGUAGUAAUGCUGGGAUUACAAGCAUAGAAUUUGAUAGUGCUGGUUCUUACCUCUUAGCAGCUUCAAAUGACUUUGCCAGCAGAAUCUGGACGGUUGAUGACAAUCGAUUACGGCACACCCUGACAGGUCACAGUGGUAAAGUUCUGUCGGCCAAGUUCUUGCUGGACAAUGCACGCAUUGUUUCGGGAAGUCAUGACCGGACCCUCAAGCUCUGGGACCUCCGCAGCAAAGUUUGUAUAAAAACAGUGUUUGCAGGAUCUAGCUGCAACGACAUCGUGUGUACCGAGCAAUGUGUAAUGAGUGGACAUUUUGAUAAGAAAAUCCGUUUCUGGGACAUCAGGACUGAAAGCAUAGUAAAAGAACUGGAGCUGCUUGGGAGAAUCACAGCUCUGGAUCUGAACUCAGAGCGAACAGAGCUUUUGACCUGCUCCCGAGAUGAUCUAUUAAAGAUCAUUGAUCUGCGGGUUGCUGCUGUGAAGCAGACGUUCAGUGCGCAGGGAUUCAAAUGUGGCUCUGACUGGACAAGAGUUGUGUUCAGCCCUGACGGUAACUAUGUGGCUGCGGGUUCAGCUGAUGGGGCCCUCUACAUUUGGAAUGUGCUCACUGGGAAAUUGGAACGGACACUUGCGAAGCAUCACAGUUCUUCUAUCAAUGCAGUCGCGUGGUCGCCAGCGGGUGCCCACGUGGUGAGUGUGGACAAAGGCAACAAGGCUGUCCUGUGGUCUGAGUUCUGACUGGCCGGCGGGUGAAAGGCAGAGCGUCCAGCGCCUCUGUGUGUGGUGGUAUUGGUCCGUGGCUGAACAGAAUGGAGACCCAAGCCCAGAUCCGUCCGGAGCGCGGAUGUUAACAAGCGCAUGGGCUUCACUUUCCAGAGGAAAGUUCAAAAGCAAUGGAGAAGGAGCCUGAGUCAGAGACUUCUUAUGGCCAUAACUACGCUGUGGCACUCGGACUCAGCAAGGGAUUGGCUGUUCUGGGUGGCGAAUGCCACUUAGUCCUGCCUUUACAUGCGGUAUCUAUGCACCAAGUGGAGCUGAAGAUAACUAGCGGGAUUCCUCACCAGACAGCUGUGCCAAAUACCCUGUCACACAAAUGUAUCUACAGCACUUCUGAGGUGGAGAUGUUGGGAAGAAGUUACUGUGUAUGCUGACUUAAUACGUGUCCUGUCUCCUGUGUCCUGUUCUUGUGGCCUAGUUCAGGCUUGGGGUGAGAAGAUCUUGGAAAGUGGACAGGUCCUAGGCAGUCUGAAGUGUUGGAACAGCUUUUCAAGAGAGUCUCCCGUGGCUCUGGCAGCUCUGCCGUUGAGUUACCAGCUCAAUUCAGAUCUGCUCUGAUCCUGACACAGGUUCUCCAGCGCUGUC